AUGGCGGCCGGCAUUUGGGACUUGAUCUCCGGCGGAGCUGGCGGUGCGGCCGCUGCGUCCCUCGCCGUCCGGCGAGGUAUGCAGCUUUUCCGGCAGGGAGAUGUAGCUGGCUCAUUGGCAGAAUUUGACAGGGCGAUCGACAUGGACCCACGACAGAAGCAAUAUCUUUGGCAAAGGGGCCUCUCACUCUACUACCUAGACAGGUUUGAAGAAGGUGCAGAGCAGUUCAGGAUAGACGUUGCAGCUAAUCCGAAUGAUACCGAAGAAUCCAUAUGGUGCUUUCUAUGUGAAGCUCAGGUUGGUUUGGACUCCAGACCUGUAAUGCGUGAAGCAUAUGUGCUGUUAAAGGUUAUUUCAGCGAAAGUUGAUUUAGUUGCAAACUUUUCGAGUGGCUCUGAUGCUGAGAUCUUUUAUUCUUCACUAUAUGCUGGACUAUACUAUGAAUCUCAGGUCCGGCGAUUACAUGGCUUCCCUUGCACUUGUCCACUGCCAGUGCCGCAACUGGAAUUUAGUGUGAAAGAAAUCACCAUAUUCAAGAGGACCCGGCAAUUCGGUUUGGAUCCAGUAACUUGA